AUGGGUUCUCUUAUGGCAGGAUGGGACUCUAAAUCAGCCACACUUAAAAGGAACCGUUCACUCACCAAAGAUGAAAUUGAUGCUUUCUGGAAAUCAAAGAAGAAGAUAGAGGAAGAACACCUUACUGCUAUUUCCAGUUCACCAAACUCUCUGCAGAAUGAACAGGGUAGCAGAAAGAAAGAGACUGAGAGGAAGUUUCAGAAAUCAGUAAGCAUGCCAGUGACACGUGUACGUGACUACUUAAAUAUGGACCUGGUUGACACGAGUUUGGAGCAGCUUAUCAAGAAAAAUGGCUGGUGGACCAAGAGUAGCUGGGCAUUUCUGAAUGAACCUCCACUGAAUGAAGCUGCAGCCAAUAAGUACACAUCACAGUUUCACGUUGCCAACAUGGGAUCAUCAAAAUUUAACCCACAAAAUGGAAUUAGUGCUUGA